AUGAGAGACCGACUCUUUGAGCUUCAUGAGCUAUCGAGGCUUUAUAGCCAACAUACUCCUGUUGUGGUUGAUGACUUGCCGUCACCUCACGAAGCCCUUUUGUUUGAGACAGAUUAUGCCUUAGCAAGUCUUUACAAAGAAAUUCAAGCAAUCCGAACAAACAAUGAUCACCUGAAAGGAGAUGUUCGGCGCCUGGGCAAACAAAAUGCCCGCUUUCUUACAUCUAUGCGCCGCCUCAGCAGCAUAAAACGUGAUACCAACACAAUUGCAAAAGACAUAAAGGCCCGAGGAGAAGAGAUCCACAGAAAACUUCAGGCUUUGAGAGACUUCAGUGAAGAUGCAGAAACAAAAUAUGGUCCCAACUCUAUCAUAGCCCGUGUAUCAAAGGACCACUAUGUUGAUCUAAUGCAUACCUUUCAAGAAACCAUGUUUGAAUAUAAUGAGACGGAGAUGAACCAGCGGGAGAACUGUAAGACUAGGAUUCAGCGUCAGCUAGAGAUCAUGGGCAAGGAUGUGUCUGGGAACCAGAUAGAGGACAUGAUUGAGCAAGGCAGGUGGGAUGUUUUCUCCGAGAACCUUCUGUCUGAUAUCAAGGGAGCUCGUUCAGCCUUGAAUGAGAUAGAGACCCGGCACAAAGAGCUAAUGAAGUUGGAGUGUCGCAUAAGGGAGGUCCAUGAACUCUUCUUACAAGUAGCUCUGCUGGUGGAAGAGCAGGCUGACACAUUUAAUGUCAUUGAGCUCAAUGUGCAAAAUGUUCAAGACUAUGUUGGAGAAGCAAAAGGUGAAGUGAGGAGAGCCCUGGAAUAUAGGAGGAAACAUCCAUUCCGAACAAUCCUCUGCUGUUGCUUAAAAGGCUGCAGGGGAUAAACUGUUUGUGGUCCUUA